UGUCAAUGGAGAAGAUGAAACAUGACGAGGCGCCCACAGCCUCUCCUUGAGGGUUUUCCCACUCUGUACCACCAUUAAGAAAGUACAUUUGAAAGUGGCGGUGACACGACCAACGAACGAAAGCUGUGGCCCAUACCAGAUGGCGCCGGGGGGUUGCAAUCCGUGCCGACCACCGCAGAUGUCAACGGCCAGCAGGGGUCCGGUCCUGGGCUGAAGGAGCGCGGCCUUUCCGCGCCUUGGUUGGCCGAGCCCUAUGAGGUCGGAGUUGCGGACCCACGUGUCUGCAAAGGGACGGUGCGCAGGCCAGGCCAAAUCACCGCCGUUCCUCACUUCACCUCACCACCGACACCGUGCCCAGAGCUACCUCAUCUGGGGUAUGGGAGCUGUGCCUUGGCUCGAUAGAGCUUUCAAGUGUAAUGUCGUGGCCUUUUGUUGGUCGCGACGCUGUGGUUGCAGGCAGCCAGCGGUCGAGCGUUCGCGUUUGGGUUUCGCCAGCUUUCAGAGCCAUGCACGCGGCAAGCUGAACCCGCUUAGCCAUGGUAGGGCAUGGGGCCACUCUGAUCGUGCCAGUACAUGGGCCCAUUGUCUUGCUGUGCAAGAUCCGCGCCUGGCAUCGGAUGGAUGCCUCCCAUCACCGGGAGUGAGUACGUGGAGCUGGGCGAGUCGUGGGCAGAGAGCUCAUCGUAGCCUUGGUGCUGGAGCUCGUAGGGGUAGCCCUGGCUCAUUGGAAGGCUGUAUCCUGUACCAGGGUAUGAUGAGCUGCGUUGGUGGUACGGGUGGUGCGCAUCCAGAUCGGCAAAGCUGUGGUGGUACUGAGACAGGCUGUAGUCCUGGCCGAGGCGGCCCUGCCGUGCCUUCUUGCUCGCCAGCCGGCUCCUGCCAGCGUUGAGCCCUCCUUUGCGCCCUGCAGCUGAACGAUUGGCCACCUUUGUCUUGGGUCGAGUCGGGCGCGGGGACUUCGGGUUGCCAUUUGCAUCCAACUUGCGGUAUCUCGUGGUGCUCAGGAACCGUUCGAUAUCCACUGCCCA